AUGAUGCCAGAAGUGUCUCAAACGAAAGGAAGCAGCGUAGGUCAGGCACUGUUGCAGCAAGGAUACCCGGAUGGAAAUAGUUUUGAAGCGGCUUCAGCUUCUGAGAAAUGGAAAACUCCCAAAGACUGUCGAAAACAGGCUUCGAAAACCUCUGUUAGCAGCGGCACACUGGUACAUGCACAGACGGGCACUCCCCAAAGCGCAGUAUCAACUACAUACCUUCCGGAAGCACCCAUUUUCACAAAGACCGGAUCACCAGCACCUUCGGAACGGCGUGCUGAGAAGAAGAAAAGGAGCAAGACGUCAGCCGGCAACAUGAGAGGAUGUGCAAAACCUUCUGCUCUAGGACGCGUCCAUAGCGAGCCAGUGAAAGCAAAAAACAAGAACAGUGCCGAAUCUGCUGAAACUAUUUCACCCUCAAAUGCACCUGGCAGGACACCAGGAGGCUUGCUGCAUACUAAAACGACAGGUACUUUGAUGGAAGCAGCUGCUAAGAAAUUUGCAGUUGACGAAACUGACUCCAUGAUCCUCGGAACCUCAUCUUUGGGCAGUGCUUCUGCGCCUGUCGUGCAAAGCGUAAACAUUCAAAGUGACGAUUUCUCUGCAUCGUUGGAUCCAAACACAACUUCGAUAAUAGGCACGAAGAGGUCUCUGCCAGUGUCAACUUCAGUGCAAGUGGAUGGACUCGCUUUGACAGGAUCUAAGGCAGGCCCUUUGACAGAAUCUAAGGGGCAUGGGACUUCACCAAAACAGCUCUUUAGCCUUGCAUCGAGGGACAAAUUAAGCCAGCAAUCAAAGAACAUUGCCAACGUCCGGGCUACCCAGGACAGCGAGCCGGAGUAUUCACUUUCGGACCAUCAUAAGUAA